AUGUCUCGCAUGUGGGAAGUCGACCCGGAGACAAGGACAAAGCUCGUCCAAAUCUCCAAGACCAACGGAAAUGACAGGUGUUGCGACUGCGGCGCACCAUCACCUCAAUGGGCCUCCCCCAAAUUCGGAACCUUCAUCUGCCUCAACUGCGCAGGCACGCACCGCGGGCUCGGUGUACACAUCUCCUUCGUCCGUUCGAUCACCAUGGACGCUUUCAAGCACACCGAGAUUCAGCGCAUGGAGCUGGGGGGUAACGAGCCUUGGAAAGCAUUUUACGACGCGCACACCGUGACAGUUUCCGAGGGCCGCACGUUUGAAGAUUCUACAAUCAAAGAGCGAUACGAGGGUGACGCAGGAGAAGAGUGGAAAGAGAGAUUGUCGUGUAAGGUUGAGGGCCGCGAAUAUGUGCCCGGACAGGAGAAGAAGAAUACCACUGCCUCGCGAUCGAGUACGCCGAUGAGUCUGGGUACUGGCCCAACGGGGGGAACCCGGACGGCCUCGCCUGCUGCGUCUUCGAUUCGGUCGCAGGAUAGCGCGCGGGGCCCGACGAAGAAAGAGCAGAAUGAGCAGUACUUUUCGAAACUCGGGUCUGAGAAUGCCGGGCGCUCGGAGGCCUUGCCACCAUCGCAGGGGGGACCGGAAAUCUUCGCCUUUGGGGGGGAUUUGAAGGAUCCUAUGGGAAGUUUGACAAAGGGUCUUGGGUGGUUUGCUUCAACUGUUGGCAAGAGUGCCAAGCAGGUAAAUGAUGCAUAUUUACAGCCUACGGCUAAGCAGCUUGCCGAGUCGGAUUUCGCUGCUCAAGCUCGCGUACAGGCUGCUAGCUGGGGCCAGAAUCUGCAGACCGGUGUCCGUGGUGCCGCAGACCAGUUCAAUCGUUUCGUUGAAGGUGAAGAUGGUCGUCCUACGCGGUCUCGCGUUGAACCCGAACGUAGGGAUUUCUGGGAUGACUUCUCGUCUCUUGGUGAAGAGCGCCAGGUCAAUGUCAAUGGAACUGGCAAUGAUAACAGACACCAGCGAAGCGGGUCGCGAUCUGAUGUUAUUGGCACUGCCGCGAUGCGCAAGGGCCCUGCAUCUACGCCGCUGGCAAACUCUACCAUUCCUACUGAGACCAGUGCUCCUUCUGGGAAAGAGGGGACAGAGACUGGUGCUGCCACAGCCAAGGGCAAAGAUGACUGGGAUGACAACUGGUAG